AUGCAUGGCGUCUGUGAAGGCUUCUCACUGUCCUGUCGAUCAACGUCUACCAACGUGCAAGGUCCAGACUCAGGAUCUAACGUUCGCCGUCAGGCGCCGCACAACACGACGGGGAGUUCCCAAACAGGAAACAGCGGCCCGUUACCAAAUGAAUCCUACGUAGUCGAGGGUCCUACAUUCAACAGAAUGUUGGCGAUUGUCGUCGGUGAAGCCGAGAAAGCCAAGACUCCGCGAAUCUCGCAAGACAUGAAGGCGACGUCUACUGAACCAAAGUCUGCAACGCUCCAUCGAAAGCCGUCGCUCACGAAGACAAAGGUAGCACGCAAGAUUACAUCACAGGAGAGAAAGGUCGAGGAUACCGUGGAUACAGACGACGAUGAAGAGGAAGGGGAUAAGAGAGCUAGAGAGCAGGAUGGCGAUUCGGACAAAGGAGACAACGAUCCGAACUACCCCUCUGGUAGCGUGCACCGUCGAUUCCCGGUGGGCUCAGAGCCGCCUGGCUGGAAAAUCGUAAAAUGGGCCACCCGCUCCUCCGGAAAGCAGAAAUGGAAAGGUCAUAAUGCGAAGCGCGUUCGGUGCAUCGGUAUUUAUGUCUGCAAUAACCCGACCUGCAAGAGGACCACACGCCCUCUCACGAACGACAAACGACGGCAGGAACAGGCAAUGGCGAUGUAUACGUGGACGGAAAUGGGGGGAGAUGGGCUGGAGUACUCUUGCUGGGAACAUGAUGGUGUGCAUACGCAUGAGCGGCCUCCGGGGGGAGCUGUCAGCCCCCAAGAAGAGGCAGAGAUAGAUGCUCAAGCAACUCGUCGCCCUACCGCUCACGCCCAUGCUUUGCGUACAGGCGAUGCACUUCCAGGAUCGAAGCCCUUGGCCGACAUUAAUCCCAAGUUAGCUGACCCUCGUGCCGCUCGCUACCAACUGGCGAAGAGCCAGGAGCGAACCGGAAUACGUCCAGCUGGAUCAUCUAAGAGCGGGUUCUCUGUUCUCGAAGUCUACCGAAAGCUGCGAGAGGAAUACGGUUCGACAUUCUUGCUUGACAUGCAGGUAUUCUCCGAGUCGGUCAUCGUUCUGCAGACACCUUGGAUGAAGGAAAGGCUCGGACUCAGCGUCAAUUCUUGGCUUCAGGAGGGCUCGGGACCUUCGAUCCUCGUUAACACGAUCCAGACGUAUCCUGGGCACGGCAACGUCACAGACGCUGAUAACAAGUACUUUCGCCAUGGAUACCUGCUUGUUUCGGUUGGAUUCGACACAACCCUUGAAUCCUGGGUUCCCGCUCUGUAUACGUGGGACGAUCGUCUAGAUACGGCGCACAUCCGCCAUCAUUUUCGUUGGCUAUUCAAGUCUAUCAUCGAUCACGCAGACGAGCGUUUUGAGCCAAAAUUGUUGUUCAACAUCAUGGACUUCUCUCAAGCCCAGGAUCGUGCCCAUGAAAUCGAGUUCGCAGAGACGAUGAUAACUCGCCAACACGCCACGUACGAGAAACUUCCCGAGGCUAUCCGUGCACAGACAAUUUCGAACGCACGAAAAGCUUAUCUCGAUGAAGCGGCAAAGUAUCGGCGCGGAUGUGACGUUCAUUUUAUGCGUUCAGCUACACGGCUCAAACGAAACGGAACUCUAGUACCCCCUGAGCACACUGCGCUAUUCGACGAGUUUUGUCAUCUAGCGAUAGGGAGAGACACGACUCGGUCUCAGUUCAGCGAGGCCGUAGAACACAUUCGAACAACGCUACCUCGCAUUCGCGGCUGGCUGGCUUGGUGGCUUCGAGCCAGCGUUCGAACCAUGGCAUUUCCUUGUCAUUCUGUCAGCGACCCAGAAGAUCUCGACCAAACCCCAAACAAUUCGAAUCCCGUCGAAACACAGCACUCUCUUCUUCAUCACGCCGUCGGGACAGACCAUGAUUUGAUUCCAGGAGUCCAGAAUCUUUAUCUCCACGCGAAGGAGAUGGAGAAACGUACAAAAUCGAUUGAAGGUAACUCUGUUCCUUUAUUGCUACUUGAAAGCAUCAUCGAUCUCACCGCUAUCUGCGUCCAUGUAGAAGGGCACAUUGGUCCCAGUCGUGGACCGAAGACCGGUCGCAGAACCCUGAAGCCUUGGGCGGUGAAUGACGGUCGUGCACCCGAUACGUACGAGUUGCUGAGGCCCACGAUGGCCUCUGGCACACCCCAUCAUAGCUCAUCCUCGACCGAUUCGCUUGACGCCACAAAUGAAUCCUCGCUACCCACAUCUCCCGCUCCUUCCAUCCUCCGAUCUUAUAAAUGGGCCAAAAACUCCUGUUUUUUCGACGUCGGUCAUGAGCUAUUAUUUCGAUUCUUUAUGCGCCUACGCCCUCCCCAACGGUUGACACUCAGGCAGCUCUUUCAUGACUCGUCUUCGCCACUCGCGGAGAUGCUCUACCAGUUUGAUGUUCGCUGUCGGUGGACCGCCGAAAAGGGUGCCGGAUCGGACAGACAUACGGACAAGGGAACUCGUAUCCUUGGUAUCGCCCAGUCCAAACUUCGCUACUAUAUCUCUGACAGGUGGAACGAUACUCCGGCAGGCAAGUUUGGUCAUCCUACGAAUUGGAUACAGCGUCUUCUCGAGGUACGCUUAAAUAAAUUACUGUGUGGAGAUAAUCCUGACGAGGUGUCUCAGGAUAAUACAGGCGGAACCUUUGGAAACGAAGAUACGAUACGUCUCCACUUCGGUAUCCAGCAACGUGUCGUACGGAUAUGCGGAAACGGACAUUCUCAGACUGCUACAGUUUCUACUAUCACUACAGGACCGUUUGUGAUGUCCGAGCACGACAAGUCCUUGGCUCGCAUUGCAUUAUCUCUUGAACCCACCGCAACGAUCACAAUUCAACAGUACUUCCAGUUCUGUAUUCCUAGAAUCGCUGAUCGCACUUCCGCAAAAGAAGCAUCCGAAAUGAUCCAUAAUGUCACCGUCGAUGCUUGUCACCACCCUGGCUGCACCGAACGACCUCACAACGUCGAAACGCUUACGUCGUGGCCGGAACUGCUUCAGAUUAUUCCCGACACCAUUGACCUCAAUCCACACGAUUGCCGUCCAGUCCAACCGCUUGCCUCAUUCUCAAUUUCUUCGCCGGUCGAGGCGUCUCCCGAGGACGCCACUGGCUUUGAAGAAGCCACAAGAUACGAGGAUAUUGGCUAUGAUUUUAUUGGACGUAUAAUCUUCCUCCGCGAGGCCAGCCACUUCCAGGCCGAAAUCCUCAUCGAAGAUCGGGUUUAUGUCUACGACGAUGUGGAGAAUGGGGGAUUUCUCCAAGACAUAGGAGACGUCUCCGUAAUCGAGCGCUCAAAUGUGAAAACAUCCCUUUUGAUGUACUACCGUCGCACACCAUCUUCCACUUCACGCCGUAGCGUUGCUCAAAUUGUUAAGCUAUUAUCUCAGGGUCCAGUGGCUAUUGAUGGCUAUGGACUAGUACCUGCAAACCCGAUACGGCCUGACUCACCUACUCCCCCGCCACAAACCGCUCUCCCAGAUCGUCCUAACACCAAGCCCGCCACACCCGAUACUGUUGACGAACUCAUCUCCGCCACACUUGACGCCACACUUCCCCGCCCACAGUCACCUUCCGAGUCAGACACGUCGGAUUCAGUGGACGACACUCAAGCUCUGGUCCUGCAUCGCAACAACGAAGCAACACCUGAAAAUCCUACGUUCACUUUAUACCCGGACUGUAUCGGAUGUUAUGGCGAUCUGGAUCCUGACGAAGUCGAUGUCAGUCGGACUCUGGAGUGUAAUAUCUGCCAGCGGCGGUCGCAUGUGAGCUGCAUAGAGUUUCAGUGGGGCUUGCCACAUGGGUACCCAGUGUCUCAGUAUUGGCGGUGUUACGUCUGUUCCCGGGCCGCGCGUGAGCGACCUGGGAGUGUUCUCUGGAGUGAUGCGAAGUAUAUCAAUCAGUAUAUCCUUCUUCAAACACGGGAAAAAAGCAAGACAUAUUAUGCUGCUAAGAUUCUUCGUCGCGAAGGUCGCAGCGCCGUCUUGAAAUGGUUUGAUUGCAAUAAAUACUCGCCCAUGCGCGACAAGCCCUUGACAGACGAGUUCAAGUUCCCUACUCAGCGUGCUGUCGAGGCGGCCAUAGCUAUGUACAAAAAUGCAGAAAAUGCUGGACAUAUCUACUGGCCCCUACAGCUUUGCGAGGACGCACGGGACAAGUAUCGAUAUGCUAAUCCCACCAUACAAGCGGCUCUGGAAGACGCCUUUGGCGCCAUUAUAGCCAUCCUUACCGGAGCGCGAAAGCACCCUGUGAUGAGUGGGUACAGCAAUUGGCUUAAUACAGCCGCGGGCCGUCAAAACCUUCUUCGGCGCGGCCACGAUUGGGCCAACACUACGUUUAACAUCCCCAUUCUCCCCGGAGAUUCUUCGCUAUUGGCACCGUACCUUUCCCAUAUGCUACGUGUUCUCGCCGAUCGAAUGCCAGACUGGACCGGCGUACUUCGCAGUCAGCUCAUAUUCGAACCGGGAACUGUUCUGCUCCAGCUAGUAAUUCUGCGCACCUAUUUACGCCUCAGCCCGAAGCACGACAACGAGAUAUUCGAUCUUGUUACAUCACGAAGGAUUGUCAAUCGUCCCUCUGAAUGGCAGCAAGUGGCACGGGUCCUUGAUCAAGACUUCCAAGCCGAUAUUUACGAGGGCGUACGCACUCGAAACUCCGCACAGGAUUCGGAUGACGGCUCAAGCAUCGGAAUUCCCGAACCAAUGAUCACUGAUUUUUGUGGCAUGUAUAAGCUCAAGGACCUAAUCCUUCGAUACCGACCUGAGAUGGACAUUCUGGAAGGUAUCGUUGGUAUCAAGUCAUCCAAUGGACAGCCAUACAUCUGGAGAGGCUCCUCUGAAAAUCAAUUGAGCGGAGGAGAGCCGUAUUCCUCUUUUCGUCCACGUCCACGCGCUCUUGCUGCAAAGCGAACACAGGCUUCAUUGGAUGCUCCGCCCGACAUGACGUCCAACAUAGUUGAGGUUCCAGCUUCCCCCUCUGAUCCUCCGGAAGAACCGCCAAAGAAACGGAAGAAGCACAAUCCCGCUGAUUCAAGAUUGCAUCAUGUGGAGAAACGAUCCAGUGCAAGGCUGAAGGCGAAGGCUAAAGCGUGA